CGAAGAAGUGAGUAUCUGUGAUAAUAAACACACAUAAAAUGAUGAUCGCCUACAGAACUUUUAGUGCCUUGGCUGGUGCAGUCAGCAAACCAUAUUGUAUCAACAGAUUAACAAAUUUCUCAACUGCAAUAAGUAAACGUGAGUUAAAACGGCGACUAAAAGCCGAACAGAAACUCAAGGAGAAAGCUGAAAAAGCCGCAGCACAACCAGCUAGUACGGCGGAGAAGAAGACUGCUAAGGUAGCAGAGGAGGAAAUCAGUCCGAAUGAGUAUUAUAAAUUACGAACUGCCGCAGUAGCAGCUCUCAAAAAUGGGCCCAAGGAAGACCAUCCUUACCCUCACAAAUUCAAAGUUACGAUCUCGCUGGAAGAAUUCAUCGAAAAGUACAAUAAUUUAAAUAGUGGAGAUACUCUGGAAAAUGUGACAUUAUCUGUGGCUGGUAGGGUGCACUCUAUCAGAGAAUCUGGAGCUAAGCUCAUAUUUUAUGAUCUGAGAGCUGAAGGUGUCAAAAUUCAGGUGAUGGCAAAUGCCAAAAUGUAUAAAUCAGAAGAGCAGUUUGCCACUGAUACUGAUAAGUUAAGGAGAGGAGACAUUAUAGGCUGUGUGGGUCACCCUGGCAAGACCAAGAAGGGAGAGCUCUCCAUCAUACCAAAGACCAUUAAGCUGCUUUCUCCAUGCCUCCACAUGCUCCCUCAUCUUCACUUUGGACUUAAGGAUAAAGAGACUAGGUUUAGGAAGAGAUAUUUAGAUCUCAUUUUGAAUGAUAAGGUAAGGCAAACCUUCUACAUAAGAGCAAGAAUCAUAGCAUAUGUAAGACGUUUCUUGGACAACCUGGGUUUCUUGGAAGUUGAGACACCAAUGAUGAACAUGAUAGCAGGAGGAGCGACAGCUAAGCCUUUUAUAACACAUCACAAUGAGUUGAACAUGGACUUGUAUAUGCGGAUAGCACCGGAGCUCUACCACAAAAUGCUGGUUGUUGGUGGUCUAGACAGAGUCUAUGAAAUUGGCAGACAAUUCAGGAAUGAAGGAAUUGAUCUGACUCAUAACCCUGAAUUCACUACAUGUGAGUUCUAUAUGGCCUAUGCGGAUUACCAUGAUGUCAUGACCAUCACUGAAACAAUGGUAUCUGGAAUGGUGAAAAGUAUUCAUGGUACUUACAAGAUUAAGUACCACCCAGAUGGGCCUGAAGGUGAAGAGGUUGAAAUUGACUUCACUCCUCCAUUUGCAAGAAUGCCUAUGAUUGCUUCCUUGGAGAAAGCACUGAACAUCAAACUACCUCCUAGUGACAAGCUGGACACACCUGAAGCCAAUGCUCUUCUCAGCAAACUAUGUGAAAAAUAUGAGGUUGAAUGUCCACCCCCACGAACAACAGCCAGGCUUCUUGAUAAGUUGGUGGGAGAGUUCCUUGAAGAGAAAUGUAUUAACCCAACAUUUAUCACUGAUCACCCACAACUGAUGAGCCCCCUAGCUAAGUAUCACAGAGAUACCCCUGGGCUGACAGAGAGGUUUGAACUCUUUGUUAUGAAGAAAGAAGUCUGUAAUGCUUACACAGAGUUGAAUGACCCUGCUACUCAGAGGGAGAGAUUUGAGGAGCAAGCUAAGAACAGAGCAGCUGGUGAUGAUGAGACCCCACCAACUGAUGAAGCAUUCUGCACUGCUCUUGAGUAUGGUCUACCACCAACUGGUGGGUGGGGUAUGGGCAUUGAUCGCCUCACCAUGUUCCUCACAGACUCUAACAAUAUUAAGGAGGUGCUGCUGUUCCCAGCAAUGAAACCUGAUGAUCCCAACAAGCAUAAUACUGAAGAGGAAAGUGCAGGAAAUCCCCCUGUACAAAAUGGUGCAUAACCAGUACAUCAACUAACAUUGUGUGAAUCCCCCUGUUCUAGAUGACUUCUAUUGUAUUCUACUAACUCAUUUGUUUGAUGAAUAAAUUAUUUACAUUUCCUGAAAAAA